GAGCCUGCUUAAUAGUCCACAACUCCUACGGAUGUUCGGAGAAGGAGCCGGUGGACGCGCCAGCUGGCCGCUCAAAUUAAAGAGGAUGUCCCAAUCGUCGGGAAGUAAAUUGCACAGGACGUCGGCUAUUACCAGUCGGAGUUAACCGAUGACGAUUGGAACCCCAGCAUUUGUUAUUCAUGUAUGUAUAGACGAGUGGACGCAGUGCACGUGAAUGAAACAAUUGUCUGCGACGGCGUUGAAAUCAACUUGAAGAUUUCGUUCUCUAGUCCGGCCCGGCCACGUGAGAGGACGAAUCCUACAGCGAGCUGUGCCAGGUGUGCGUGUACUUGCACUGGCACAACGGUGUGUACUACGACCACGACGACAACCACCACCACAGGGGCUCCACCUAUCUUGGACGAUAGUGCAUCGUUGCAAGCUUUGGACGAGGCGACGGCACAACACAAGGCCAUGGCGGACAGGAGACAACUCAUCACGGAAAUGAGGAGUCAGAACUUUGACGUGAUUCGCUUUGCCACCUACAGGGCCAGCUGUAAGCUUCGCUUCAUCCAGCGAAGAUGCAAUCUGCACCUGGUGGACAUCUGGAACAUGAUCGAGGCAUUCCGAGAGAACGGACUGAACACGCUGAGCGCGGUGGACGAGCUGAGCGUCAACCGAGUCGAGACCAUCCUGACGAGUAUCUACUACCAGCUCAACAAGCGUCUGCCCUCCACGCACCAGAUCAACGUGGACCAGUCCAUCACGCUGCUGUCCAACUUCAUCCAGAUGGCGUUUGACGAUGGAGCUACGGGCAAGAUCACAGUAUUUGCAAUGAAGGUGGCCCUGUCCACUCUCUGUGCCGGCAAAAUCAUGGACAAACUCAGAUAUAUUUUCUCGCAGCUGUCUGACAGCAACGGCGUGCUGAUCCACUCCAAGUUUGACGAGUAUCUGAAGCUGGUGCUGCAGCUGCCCACCGCCGUCUUUGAAGGGCCGUCGUUUGGUUACAGCGAGACGGCCGCCCAGUCCUGCUUCGGACAAGGACCGAAUGCCAACCGUCGAGUGACACUUAACGACUUCCUGGACACUCUCCUUGCCGACCCGGGCCCUCCGUGCUUGAUGUGGUUUCCACUUAUGCAUCGCAUGUGCAAUGUCGAAAAUGUAUUCCACCCAGUUGAGUGCAGCAACUGCAAGUCGGAGUCCAUGAUGGGCUAUCGCUACAAGUGUAACCGCUGUUCCAACUACCAGCUGUGUCAGAACUGUUUCUGGAGGGGUUACACAUCUGGCAGCCACACCUCAGAUCAUGAGAUGAAGGAGUACUCAUCUUGGAAAUCCCCCGCCAAGAAAGUAGGCAAGGCCCUGAAGAAGCCGUUCCGUUCUCCUUCCAAGCAGCAGCGCCUACCUCACUAUCCUGAUGAGCCUGAACGACCGCUGGACCUCUCACACAUUGUGAAAGGCAGCCUGCCUGACAUACAGAUGCCUGCCACACCAGUAACGGUACUCACCUAUGAUAGUCCUGACAAUGCUAGAAUCUUGCGUACCGACGACGAUCUCAAAAGGCUGAACAACAGUCUAGACAAUUCCCGGCUGGAUGACGAGCACAGACUGAUCGCGCGUUACGCUGCCAGGCUGGCUGCGGCCUCAAAUAACCCACCAACUCUCAGUGAACUCUCCUCUGAUCUUGACGCCAAUAAGGAACAGAGAGCACUCAUCGCACAACUCGAGGCAAAAAACAGGGAGAUCAUGCGCGAGAUCCAACGUCUCCGCCAGGAACACGACGAGGCGGUGCGCUCCCAGCCGCAGCGCAACCCCACCCUAUUGGCCGAGCUGCGGUUGCUACGGCAACGCAAGGACGAGCUGGAGCUGAGGAUGGCCGCGCUGCAGGAGAGCCGGCGGGAGCUGAUGGUCCAGCUGGAAGGCCUGAUGAAGCUGCUCAAGAGCCAUGGCUCACCCCGUUCCAGCCCCAACCAUACCUCGAAGAACAACAAUGCCUCCACCACCACCCCUACCCAUUCCGCUGCCAUCCCGGGCGACAUUGCCGCCUCUAGGAACGGCAAGCCAGCCAGCAGCGAUGGCUCCAGAAAUCUCCGGAGUGAUCUACUCGUCGCGGCCGAUUCGGUGACGAGUGCCAUGUCGUCACUAGUGCGGGAACUCAACUCAGAGGCUGAUGAUGAUGACGAUGACGAUGACGACUUCAUCUCUGAAGAGGGUACAGUCGUCAGAAGCCCUGACACACCCAGUAAGGACAACAAACCCAACAGUAGGGAUCUACCCACAAGUCACAGGGCGGGCCAGCGCUCUGGGUCGACCGGCGAGAAGGGCAACAAGAUGUCCGAGCAGGACUUCAUCGCUGAGCUGACCGCGCGGAAAGAGGGACGGUCAAGGGAACACGCCCGGCCUCCCUCAGGACUCGAUGUCUCUGGGCAAAGCCAGACAGACGACGAGAGUUACAUAGCCACUGAUGAUGCCGAGUCGUACGUGCGCACCGAUGACGACAGUUACAUGAGAACAGACGAUGAACUACAGGGUCGAGUCACUGAUGACGAGCUCAAAGAAGCUAAGGAAGUGUACCGACGUCACACGGACGACGAAAGUUUCAACCGCACCACCACAGACGACGAAAGCUACAUCCGCACCGAUGACGACGAACCACGCAACCCCCUCUGGGAAGACAACACCCGCCGAUGGAUCAAUCGGUGAUCGAUAAUCAAUUGAAUCAAUAGCCAGUUAUCGAUAGCCGAUCUGUUUUAUCUGUAUCAAAGUCUGGCAGUGGAAGAGCUAAGGUUUUGGAAAUGGGGGACAAGUCUUUGGUUAAAAUUUCAUCUGAAAGAGCGGUUUGUUCUUGGCAGUUAUAAUUCGGAUAGGGUUGCUGUUUUUUGUGGUUAGUCUACUUCAUUCACAGUUUUGGAGAAUAUUGCUC